UGUUCCUGUUUCCUGCAGUUCUCUUUGCUGAGCUUGUUAUUAGUCAGACAUAGAGGAGCAGAGGCAAAUCACCUGGGAAGAGACAAACAGCAAUGAUUGGACGUAGCGAUGGCGGGUUGGCUGACGCCAACUAUGAUGAUAGCCAGGCAAACUUUAUCAAUGUGGAAUCUCCCGCAAGGGAUGUGCAAUCUUUCUCAUUGCCACUGGAGCAGUAUUCGUCAUCUCCUGAUGACAUGAUCAAGCAGCCCACCAUGCCUGCACACACAGUGACACCAUCACCAAGUGAGGGACUACCCGCCAGAGAACGCGCGUCAUCAAGUGAAUACCUCUCCAAGCGUGGUACGAUGCCCAGCGUGGCUCCAGCAGCGGCACCACCAUCGCCCCAACAGCUGAGAGUAUCAGAAAACAAGAAAGAAGCAAACGAAUGUAUCGUCAACAGACCCUGUACCACCAGUAGUCGCAGUAUGACCGGCAGCCACAAAGGCAGCAGCGGCGGCGCUAGCAGGAACACAAGUGGCAGGAGAAGCAGCAGCAGCAGCAGCAGCAGUGACAAUGAAAGUGACAGGAUAACAUCUGCAGAUAGAUUACACAGUCAUGGGCAUCCUGGUCAUCCCAGUCACCACACUCAUGCCAGCCGUCCUGUUCAUCGCGCUAAUCCUGCUAAUCCCAGUCUUCAUCCCAGUCUUCAUCCCAAUCAUCCUGGUCAUCACACUCAGCCUGGUUGUCCUAGUUGUCACGUCACAAUGGACACGGUUGAGAGUCUGCGACUUGAUAAUGAGAUGAUGGGCGAACAAUUGAAAGAGCUUCGAAAAGCGAAUUCUUUCUUUUGCGACGCACUGGCUUCAUGCCAGGCAAUACUGGAGACUCUGCAUCGAGUCACAAAACGACAUCGGGAAGAGUCAAACUAUAUUGGAGCAAUGCUGGAUGGAGCCAAGAGGAAUCUGGAGGAGCUCACGGCAGCCAUGGAGAAGCUGCAAAGCGAGCGGGAUACACAAACGGGUGGAACUGGUGGUGUGCAAACAAGCCAACAUGGCUCCCCGACCCUACAAGCAUCACUUCCUCAACUCAACGCUGAGAAAACCAGACAGCUGCCUUCCAGGUCACAGCCAUAUCCAGCAUCACGGUCGGCUUACAAGCAACUUCCGAGCGCUCUUUCAGCAUCCCCGCAAAGAUCGUAUUUGCGAGAGAGAAUCAGCACACAACCGCCACUGCAAGCCAAUAACUAUGAGAGUGAAGACGAUCACAAUCAUAUGUAUUCUAGAGGUGAAGCUGUGUCUCCACCGUCGCAGGCGCGCCGAGCACCAAUCGCCAUGCAGUUGCCAGCGCCAUCACCACCUGCAGCUCACCGGCCACACUUGUUAUUGUUGCCAUCCGCUACCAUGGAUUAUUGCGAACGUAAUAGCCCAGUGCAUGCCAUUGAUGAGGUUCCACUGGAAGUUCAGAGAGAGCUGCGUGAGUUUUCUGCAAAGUUCAAGGCCAGGCGUUUAGCACUGCGUCUAACACAAUUGGAAGUUGGUCAGACUAUCGGUCAAUUGGGCACGCCAGACGUUCCUCAGAGCACUAUUUCUCGUUUCGAAAAACUGACGCUCAGCUACGUGAAUGCGAUGAGGUUGCGUCCGUACAUUGAAAAGUGGAUGUCGCUAAUGGACCAGGAGGCAUUGUCAAUUUGUUCUCCUGCAACCGCUGCUAUUAGCUCAUCAGCCGCCAGUGGCCGAGUCAAUGCUGAAAAUAAUGAUCCUGCCGCUAAUAGAAGUGACAUGGACAUGGCACAGUCCAGUGUUGUCCUCACUGCUGUUGCUCCACAAGAUCUGCAGCCUGCUCGCAGCAUUGCGUAUCAAGUUCAGCCCAAGAAUUUCGUGCCCGUGUCGGCUGCUACACAUGUGUGCGCUAUGCCAGUUCAGGCUGCCCAUGACCCCGAGUCCCAUCAUGGUCAGCUCCAUCGCCACCAGCACCUGAAAUACCAGCAGCACAAGGAACAACAGCAGAAUUACCACCACCACCACCCACACCCAGUUCACAACUCUCGCGAAGCAGCAGCAGAAGCACAGCAAUCGGUUGUACUGGAAGGCAUGCACAUGGCAGCUCCAGAAUACAGCACAGACUACGCGCAGCAACCGUUUGUAAUGGAAGGCAUGCAUAUUGCAGCUUCAGGAUACAGCAACGACUACGCAAAGGCCCAUCAUCAACCGCAGAACCCUCAUUCCCAUCAUGCACAGCCCAGUUCUAGCAAUCCUCACCCCGUCACCUAUUAUGGCUCCGGACAAGGCGUGCUGACGGCUUAUGGGCAUUCAGCUCUCAUGACUCCAGUGGAUAUCCGAACACCAUCAAAUAGCAUGCUGAUGAUACCAGCUCUUCGCAAAAGAAAGCGUCGUUUCGUGCUGGAUCAAGACAAAAGAAAAUAUUUGGAGGAGAGCUUCAGAACGCAGCCAAACCCAUUGCCAGAAGAUCUCCACCGAAUUGCUCACAUGCUCAAUCUGGAGAAGGAGGAUAUCCGAGUGUGGUUCUCCAAUCGACGUCAGAAGGAGAAACGACUUACAGGGGCCGGCCCUCAAAGCAGGCAUCAAUCUGCCUAUAUGGAUCUCGAGCCCUACGAUGGUAAUGUAGGAAGAGAUGGAGCUGGAGGUGCUGAAAAUACACCCAGUGCACUGUUAAGUCACAGCUACGAUACACACAACUCUCCUGAGGCUUAUAAUAAUAAUGAAGUUGGAGUGACUGAGGAUGAUCUGAACAGCACACAUGACAUUGACAAGGAUGACUACUACAAUGACUAACUAGUCCAAGUGCAGUCCCCACCUGGUGGUUCUGGCCAGGUUGGAGUUGCUUCCAGUGGUCUAGCACAGCAUACACACGUCCGUAAUCAACGCCACGCUGACCAACUGGCCGGAGAAAUACCUGGUGCUGAGGGAAGCCAUCCCUAUGAGAGCCUAUAAGUCCUGUAUAUAGCUGAGGUUAAAUGACGCGGGCUUUUACUCGCCUGGAUAGCAAAAGGUAUUGGCUAUCCGACUCAAAGAGAAAAUAACUUGCGCAGCAGUAGCAGCGUAGCAACCAGUUGCAGGCAUGCACAUGGCAGCUCCAGGAUACAGCAUAGGCAACGCAAAAUUAAUGCCUAUCAUCAACUGCAGAAAUAUCAUUCCCAUCAUGCACAGCCCAGUUCUAGCAAUCCUCACGCCGCUAAAGCAGGCAAUCUGCCCUUAUGGGUCACACACCAUCGCCACACUGUACAAUGCGGCGAUGGCAAUUGUUACCGCACUUACACUAUUCCAGUAAUUUUGCACUCACCACAGUUACCCUUACAUCGCCACAUUAUAGAGUGCUAUCUUUGCUGAAUGUCCCAUCAUAUCCUCACCCAUAUAAUAUUUUAUCACUUCCCAGGGUAGUAUACUCUUAUCAAUGAUAUGUUACUUUCUUACUGGUAUCCUUGUGUUUGUCA